GCGACUGACGCUUUCCUCCAGAUCUCCCACGACUUCCUUCGUUCUUUUGCGGGACGAGCUAUCGCCUCAUUGUCUGACUGACGAAGACAUGCAGCACUUAAAGGAAGAGGCCAACAGGGCUCUGACAGCAACCGUGGUGGACUUCCCUUGACUCGAAACCUGACUGUGACAAUACAAUGCGUUUUGUUAGGAUCUCCAGAAUGUCCCGUCCACGAACGGUAAAGAGGAGGUGGUCCUCAGGUAUUUAUAGAUCAUUCCAUCUUCUUCUCUCUGAAAGUAGUGAAUUUCUCGCUCCAGAGUCUUCAAGAUGUACGACCAAGCAGAAUCAAUUGGAGAAAGGGAAGACUUCGGUCAUUGCACAGCGCUUUUGAGUCUCAUUGACUCCGACUUUCUGGACCCGAAGGCAGGCCGGCACCUGACUGUGCUCGACUGUAGGCCCGAGCAUCUGUCAACAGUUGCCCGAUACCUACACAGGUAUCGCUCUAAGGCUGUUAAAGUCAAGUAUCUCUGUCUGGGGAAGACCGUCCCGUUUACAGAUUACGACUUUGCUCGCCCACCGCCACAACCCUUGGACAACUUCGUAUGGAGCCUGAUCAAACAAUUCACUGACAGCUCGACGGAGGUUCAACAAUGGAGAAACCACCUGAUGAGCUAUAUUAAUCCCGAUCCGUGGAUUGCGCUGAUUCUAUAUCCUGUUCCCAAUAUCGAGCGCCUGGAAUGGUUCUGGGGAGGCCGUUGCACCCAGUUUACAGAACGGCUGCUGAACUUUGCAUCGGAGGACCCUCUACUUACAUACCAAAGAGGCCGACCGGAGUUUCUGCAAAUGCUCCGCGAAGUCUCCUUCAAGGUUACCUCUUCAUCGGGUGACGGAGACCCUUGGACUUUUGACCGUGGAUACCACCCCGAGAAGCUUGCCCCGUACUUUCGGCUUCCGUCGUUGCAAUCGCUCACCGGGCAAUUGUUGCUGUGUUCGGAUCACUCCAUCCUGGGGGAUGCACUGGCGCCAGCGGACUCGUCGUCCAUCACACAUCUGGAGAUUCAGCAAGGCGACUCCAUACGGGCCUUCGCGUAUAUGAUUCUACCAUGCACCAACCUCAAGUCGUUCAAGCUCACCUACCAGGUGGGCAGCUUGCCCGGUCAAGGUUAUGAAUGCCUUUAUACCGACCGAUCAUCUGGGCGUGGUCUGCGGCCAGACAGGUUCGUCGAGAUACUGUCCUCUAAGUCAGCGACUCUCGAGACGUUGUGUCUGGACACCUCGCAAAGUGACCUACCGGACCAAAGCCCAAGGGGCAAUAAAAUGCCACCUCUCAAAUCGCUGACCCACUUCCGGGUCCUCAGGCAUCUACAGCUCCCCAUGGAAGCAUUCAUCGGAAGCCUUGAAGAUCAUGCACAGAAAGUUUCAGGUCCAGAAUAUUCUCUGGCAGACCAGCUACCCGCAUCGCUCGAGACCCUGCGCAUCACAAACUGGGAUUUCGCGCGCGAGGAGGAAAUGCUGGCGCAGCUCCUCGGGGUGGUCUGCGCCCCGGACCGCAUCCCGUUCCUGGCCCAGAUCGCAAUUCAGGGGAUGUUAUUCUUCGAUCCCGACAAAUAUCCUUGUGGUUAUCUGGGCGAGGAUGGACGUCCAUACCCUUCUGGGGAUCUCUACCACUCGACCCACGAGCUCGCGAGCGUCUGCGAUAUGCUCGGCAUUUGUCUGACUUGGCAUCACACGCAACCCCCCGUCGAUGAGAGUCGGCGGAAUGAGGAUGUGCACCUAAAAGGGCUUGUGAAAUGUUCCAAAUAUCGUUGUAGAGACCGAGGCGAUUUAUACGACUACGAUCCGGCUUUCAGCUGGUCCGGGUUCAGGUAUUAGUCCGACUUUGAGUUAAGGUAUUCCUGGGGAAUUGGGGAGACUGUGGAGAAUUGUCCCGCCUUUGCUCUACUUGGGUCUUCUUUGACCGUUUCCGUGUGCAUGCGUAUGCGGUAUUUCCUCGUACAACGUAGUAGCUAGCAAUCGAUUUCCAAGCGGCCUUAUCAAUAAUCAUAAACCAUUCUCUAAUCCC